ACUCUCACUGGCCAGCCUGGGCCUUGCUAACGUGGUUCUCGCUGUUGACCUGAGCAUUGCUUUUCUCGUUCAGCCUCAGUUUCCCCACCUAUGAAAAGGGGGUGCUGGACUCGUUCCUGUUCUUCCCUAGUCUCUGCACAGCCCACUGGGCAACAGCCUGACGGCCUGCAUGUCCCCGGCUGAGACUCUGCCCUCUGGUUCUUAGAGAUCUUUAGCACCUUCUUCUACAAGCCUUUGUGUGUGGGGUCUCCUUCUGACGCUUGGUCUGUCUGUGAUGCUAGUUUCUACUUCCGGAUCUUCCUUUUUGGUCUGUCUUCAUCAAGCCCCAAGUGAGGGGCUUCUACACUCUAGGGUUCUGUCUGCUUCUCAUGCUCGUGUAUACUUUCUUGGUGUUUGGGGACAAGGGAAUCCAUUCAGGAUCAGUUUCUGGCACAAGGUAUGGAACAGGCAUAAACUUUAGGUUGAUUUUCUCUGUGGCGUGGGUGGAAUAUCAACAGAAGUGGGAGUUCUCAGGUUUCUGACGAUGCCUAGGUGGUUCUAGGAACGGCUACAGCAUAGGGCUUGGCCAGAAGCAAGGCCGCUUUCCUGGAGCAGGGUUCUAGACUGGAAUCCCCAGUCUUUGAUUCUUGUGAUUCUGUUCCCUGCAGGCCAGCUGCUGCUCAUAGCUGGAGCCAGAGCCACCAUGACCCGCUGGACGUCCCUCAAGGCCUCUAGGCCACACAAGCCUGGCUCCUGGGAUCUGGCAGCCUCCCCCCGGCGUCUGAGUACCCCAACCUUGGCCACCUUCCCCUGGAAGUCUCAGGAACCCGGGGCUGAGAUGUCUUCCCAGAAUAGUCCCCGGGUUCCCCAGCCCCGCCAACCCUCUGCCUCCUGGCCUAGACAGAAACAGCAUCCACCAUUACAGCCCCGAGCCUCAGCUACAAAGGCCCAUGAAGUGCCCCCGCCUGGAGUCAGCCUGGGGGCAGGCCAGGGUCCACCAGACCCCGGGAUGACCGCAGCCAGUCGGGCCAACCCCUACAGCAUCGUAUCAUCAGAGGAGGACGGGCUGCACCUGGUUACCAUGUCAGGCGCCAACGGUUUUGGCAAUGGCAAGGUGCAUACACGGCGCCGGUGCCGCAACCGCUUUGUCAAGAAGAACGGUCAGUGCAACAUUGAAUUCGCCAACAUGGAUGAGAAGUCACAGCGCUACCUGGCUGACAUGUUUACCACAUGUGUGGAUAUCCGCUGGCGCUACAUGCUGCUCAUCUUCUCUCUGGCCUUUCUUGCCUCCUGGUUGCUGUUCGGCAUCAUCUUCUGGGUCAUUGCGGUCGCCCACGGAGACCUGGAGCCGGCUGAGGGCCGCGGCCGUACACCCUGUGUGCUACAGGUCCAUGGCUUUAUGGCAGCCUUUCUCUUCUCCAUUGAGACGCAGACCACCAUUGGCUACGGGCUACGAUGCGUGACUGAAGAGUGCCCAGUGGCUGUCUUCAUGGUGGUGGCUCAGUCCAUUGUGGGCUGCAUCAUUGACUCCUUCAUGAUCGGCGCCAUCAUGGCCAAGAUGGCGCGGCCCAAGAAGCGAGCACAGACUCUGCUUUUCAGCCACAAUGCCGUGGUGGCUCUGCGUGACGGCAAGCUCUGCCUCAUGUGGCGCGUGGGCAACCUGCGCAAGAGCCACAUCGUAGAGGCCCACGUGCGAGCCCAGCUCAUCAAGCCCAGGGUCACAGAAGAGGGUGAGUACAUCCCACUGGACCAGAUUGACAUUGACGUUGGCUUUGACAAGGGCCUGGAUCGUAUCUUCCUAGUAUCGCCCAUCACCAUCUUGCACGAGAUUGAUGAGGCCAGCCCACUGUUUGGCAUUAGCCGUCAGGACCUCGAGACGGACGACUUUGAGAUCGUGGUCAUCCUGGAAGGCAUGGUAGAGGCCACAGCCAUGACCACCCAGGCUCGCAGUUCCUACCUGGCCAACGAGAUCCUCUGGGGUCAUCGCUUUGAGCCAGUGCUCUUCGAAGAGAAGAACCAGUACAAGAUUGACUACUCACACUUCCACAAGACCUAUGAGGUGCCAUCUACACCCCGCUGCAGCGCCAAGGACCUGGUGGAGAACAAGUUCCUUCUGCCCAGUGCCAACUCUUUCUGCUAUGAGAAUGAGCUAGCCUUCCUGAGCCGAGAUGAGGAGGAUGAGGUGGCUACAGACCGGGAUGGCCGCAGCCCUCAGCCUGAGCAUGACUUUGACAGGCUGCAGGCCAGCAGUGGUGCCCUUGAGCGGCCCUACAGACGGGAGUCAGAGAUUUGAGUGCCCUUGGCUUAGAUGCAGCACCACCCUGACCACGAUAGGUUCCAUGUCCCUUGGGGACCUGUGUUUGAGCAGAGCAGGCCGAAUGCCUUGGGUCACAGACUCAGUAACAUCUUAGUCUUUUUCAUGUUUUCUUGCAAUAGCUUGGGAAAGUUGGCAGGAGGGUGGAUGGCCAGAAUGACCAGCUCAUGGCCUCGGAGGCUGAUGUAUACACACGGGCAAGGAAGUGAUUUCUUGGGGUAGGGUUGUACAGGAGUUGGGGACUCUGCUGGAGGCCUCGGGAGCAGGUCCUAGCCAUGGUGGGAGAAGGCUGUGUAUGUACACUUCAUUGGUUUUUAAUUUGGGCAAGACUGUUUACAAACAAAAACAAAAACAAAAAAACCCACAAAACACAAGAAAACACUAACAGGUGGUUCAAUUUUUAAAAUUCAUGGUGUAGGGACAGCUGGAAUAUUCUACUCAGCGCUGCGAAGCAAUCAGUUGUAUGGAGACCCCUGAAGGUUCUCAGAGGUCGGGUUUCUCCCUCACGUGGGCCAGGGCCCUGCAAGUUGUCAUUCUUAAGGAUGGAUCAGGCAGUUUGUGACCAUGUUACGAUCCUAAUAAAGUAUCUGGGUGUCUCUGGGGGUGGGGCCCACUAGGGUGAAUCUGGCUUGCUCUUCUGUUUGAUGUUGUACCUCAGCUGCCUCAGGGCUGGGUUUAGACCCCCACCCCCACCCCCGACUUCGUGCUCCUGCUGUGCUUCACUCCCUGUCUGCCCCAGGUCUCCAUCCCUUGCAGUAAGGGGCAUAGGAAACACCAGAGUGGGUGCUUCUUAGAAAAGGACACUCAGGAAAUUAGCAUGGGGUCUGGGUCCCACGUUCCCAGGAAGUGGGUCAGCCCCGCCCCGCUGCUGGACUCACAGCUUGAGUCGUGCCUUAGAGACUCUGGUUGUCUGGCUUCCGUCACUUCUGCUCCUCUCAGACUUGUUUAAUCUUUCCCUACUCCCCCUAACUCCACUCCUGAAGUUCCCACAGGCCCCUCUGAGGUGGCCGAGGCUGCUCUCUCACAACCAUGUCUCUGCCUACCUUUGGGGCAGAAUGAGGAAGCCCUGCUGGCCCCAGCCAGUCAUCUCCUACUGGGAGGCAGAGUCUAGGAGUGGAGAGAAACAACCCCUAGCCCCCAUCCUGCACCAGCCCCCUGCCCCAUAGAGACUACCAGAGAAAUGUCAUAAAACAAAGACUUCCUGUUUAGCUUUUAGGAACCUGUAGUGGAACUUUUCCUUCCUGAAGCCCAAGCCAUGGAGUCUUCCCAUAGUGCCCAGUUAGGGACACCUGAGGUGGGCUUGCUCCCAGGCAUCUAGUGUAAGAUUCCAGGCUAAUUCCUAACCUAGGAGAUUCCCCUAGGACCUGCUGCAGAGGCAUGAGCUCCAUUGUGUUCUUGGCCAGACCUCUGUCCCCAAAUCUCACUGACUUUUCUAGCCUUGGCCCUGGGGCCUAAGGGUGCAUUCAGCCUGGGAGUGUUGUCUGUCACUCACCUCUCUGUCAGGGAUAGGAGGGCCAGAGGGUGGGUCUUGGCCACUGGGUGCCACUGUAGGAGCCGGGGCCCCUGUUGUUCUUUCUGCAUAGGUAGACCUGUAGUCAGAACAGGGUCUAGGGGCUCCUGGUCCUCCAAGGCCUGCUCCCAGCUCAUCUCAGUGGCCUGAAGCAUUCAGAAUUCUAGCCAGCCCAUCCUCCUCCAGGCCCAGACCUGCCAGAAUGGUCCAGUCCCUGGGCCCUGCUGGAGAGCAGCUCAAGCCGCCUUUCAUCUCUGGCAAAGGCAGGCAGAUGCUGUAUUUUCAAAUUCUUCUGCCCUCUUUUUUCCUCUUUCCCUGUAUUUAUUUAUUGCUCGUGCUAAAGACCAAACUAGCCCCCCUCUUUAGUGCACCUGAUGGGGGAGGCCACUGAGAGGGGAGCCAUGCGCCUGUGCCUGUGCCAAGCAGGAAGGCUUGGCCCCUGGGGAGUGCAUGAGAAGGAAAACCAGGGUGUGUGUGUGUGUGCACGCAUGUCCAGACGUGCUCACAUGAUUGUCUUCCUGUGUGUGAUGCUUGGUAUACAGGUGUAUGGUAUACACAGGUGUUUGUGUACAGGUCGUCUAUGUCCGCCCACGGGCAUGUGUGUGCUUGUUUUUUUAUUCAGGAAAGGUGGGUUUAGUGCUCACCAACCUGAACUGGUCAGGCUGGAUGCUGGCCACAGACAUGAUCACAGUCCGACUUGAGUCCCUGCCCUGCCCUAGUUAUGCAGGCUGUACGCAGUGUGCCUCAGUCUGAGGAGUCUGAUGGUAAGUAAGCCUUUGCAGCAGAUCCUGCUGGAGGCCUUGGAUGCAUCUGUGUGUGUGUGAACAUGUGUGAGUGUGUGGAGGUCCCAGGGUGUGUGUAUGUGAAUGUCAGUGACGUGGGUGCUGUGUGCAGCAUUGAGAGAGAGAGCGAGAGAGAGAGAGAGCGAGAGAGAGAGAGAGCGCUGCACAGGAUGAAGCAGCUGCCUGAGCCCAUCUGGUGCUGUGCACCUGGCCCUUGUCCAGCCGAGGGCCUGGGGGCAGAAGAACACACCAUAGGGAGGCCCUUGUCUGGGUGUCCGCCCUGUGUGAGGUCAUAGAAUGUUAAAUCUAUUUUAAACGGUGAAACUGGAGAAUUUUCAUGUUAUUUUCAAUACAUAGUGGUAUCUAAAGAUGUAGGCAACGAGACUAGAUCACAUUAAAUGCAUUUUGAUCUCUUUGAA